AUGAGGGAGGAGGUGGAGUGUACUGGGAGGGAGGCCUUUGUAGACGUCGCCACGAGCCGCCACCCUGCUAGCUGGGGAGCGGCGGCGACGGCCAAAGAGCAUGUGCGGUGGGAGGUUUCGGCGACGUCUUCUCAUCAUCAAUAUCCUUUCUUGUUCAGGGGAGAUUCAAGCGCCACGAACGGCAGCAACGACACCGAAGCCACAGCUUCCCUCGCCUGCCCUAACUGCAAUCUGAAUUUGGCUGGAUUUCCAGCCGGUGUCAAGUUUGCUCCAUCGGACCAGGAGCUCAUAGAGCACCUAGAGUCCAUGGUGUUGGUGAAGGAAGGAGGAGGCUCCAGAGCACACCCUCUCUUAAGUCACUUCAUAUCAACCAUUGAAGGAGGCAAUGACAUUUGCUACACCCAUCCUGAAAAUCUCCCCGGUGUGGCAAAAGAUGGCCUCAGCAAGCAUUUCUUCCACAAGACAUCCAAGGCCUAUCCAACUGGCACAAGAAAGAGGAGAAAGAUCCAGUCAGAGCGCGGCCAGCGCAGCAGUGAAGAUGCUGGGGAGGCGCAUUGGCACAAAACUGGCAGGACACAUGCUGUGAUUGUGGGCGGUAGGCAGAAGGGGUGCAAAAAGAUUCUGGUGUUGCACAAUAUCAAGCAAGGGAUGCGGGAGAAGACCAACUGGAUUAUGCACCAAUACCACCUCGGCAUGAGCGAUGCCGAUGACGAGAAGGAUGGGGAGCUGGUCCUGUCCAAGGUCUUUUAUCGUUGCCCUGAUGCAACAAUGGUAGAAGUAGAACAUAACAAUGAAAAGGUAGAGGUGACCUCAGAGGCGACAUCAAAUAUCCUUCGUGUCUCUGGUGCUGCGGCGGUCACUGCAGCUACUGUCAACAUGGUGCAACAGCAGCAGCACCGACCGCAGAGGCAGGCUCAUGGUCAGGAUCAGUGCAAGUUUGCACCUCCAAACAUGUUUCAGGAGGCUGGUGUAGGUGAGCUGGUUUCAGGUGAUCAAGGACAAGUGCAUGACAAUAAUCACCACAUACCAUCACAACAUCUUGUCCAAUCAGUGCACAUGGAACCAGAUACUACCUUGUCGUUACAGGUUGGUGUAGGUGACCCGGUAUCAGGUGAUCAAGGACAAGUGCAUGGAAAUAAUCACCACAUACCAUCGCAAAAUCAUGUCCAAUCAGUGGACACGGAACCAGUUACUACAUUAUCUUUAGCUCUCAGUGCAGGUUGGUGUAAGUGA